AUGCCUGAGAUAUCAUGGGGAGGCACGCAGAGUCAUUCCCGGCGCCUCUGCACGCUAAAGCUUUAUGGCACUUCGGAAGUCCUGCAAGUUCCCAUCGAGGUCACCACCAAGGUCUCUCAAAUCCGCCAGCUUCUGGGAUCCAAAUUGGGUGUGGAACCGGAGAGUUUGGCCUUCAUCGCAAAGGCCACCUCCAGCACCAAGGUCUUGCGAGACUCCGACGAGAUCCCCUCUCAGGAGAGCAGAGCCCAAAGCAGAGCUUUUAAAGCAGAGCCUAAAGCAGAGCCUAUGAAGAUUCCCUUCAGGGGCACCCAAGUGACGGUCCGGGGACCCAUGCGCAACUGGCAGAAGCAGAAGGCGACUUAUCCGCAUCCGCACUGCAUCAUCGGCGCAGGUCACGGAGGUCUGAAACAGGGCCUGGCGUUCCUGAAGGAUGGAAUUCAAGACUUUGUCAUCUAUGACAAGCUGGGGCGCCUUGGAGGUUUCGCGUGGGUCGUCAACGCGAAUCCAACCUCCAAGCUUCAAACGGAGCUGGGAGUAUAUCAUCUGCAGUACCACCCGGAUGCUCUGGUACCGAAGGACAUGAAGACGUGGCCGACUCGUGAUGACUUGUUGGAGCACUUCGAGCAUGUUUGCCGAGAGUACGGGCUACUGGGCCACAUCCACCUGAAUGCCGAAGUCACCCAGAUCGAACGCAGGGACCUCAAGCUCAUGGAGCCAGAGGCCUCGCCGCGCAAGUACGUCUACAAGGUCUCAGUGAAGAGGCCGAUGUUGAAGCCGGCGCCAGAAGCCCAUGAAGAAGGCAAGGAAGGCCAAGGGGAUGACAAGGCCACAGAGGAGAAUCAGGCGAAGGAAGCGAAGGAGGCGUUUGCAAUCUUUUUUGAGGAGGAGAGCCUGGAGGAGCCCACCGAGACCCAGCCUCUUGAGAACAUUCAGGUCCUGGACUUCUCCACCAUUGAGUGCUACCCCGGAGGUCUGUCUGAUAACCUGCGCAUGGAGUUCAAAGGGGAGGACGUUUUUGAGGGAAGCAUUGGAUAUGGCAUGUUCGACGAGGUUGACUACACAAAAGUCGCGAACUCGGCGGUGGCGAUUUUUGGCAUGGGCGCAUUUGGUAUUGAGAAUGUGAGAACUUGCCUGGAACACGGGGCAUCAAAAGUUACCCUCAUUUGCAGAAGGAGAAAUAUUGCAAUGCCGAGAGUUGUGGAUUGGUUCAUCAACCAGAGCAUUUACCCGCCACCUGCGGCCAUGGUGCUGGAUGCAAUGAAGCCAAUGUACGACUUUCUAGGGAUAGACGUCUGGAGCUUCUAUGCUGUUCAAGCUAAUGCUGACCGCACCGCUGCAACGAUCCGGCAGAAGUCUCGUGUUGGCAUCGGGGAUUUUUACUUUCUGGCGACAUAUUAUGGCAAGGCCGAGACUGUCGUAGGCGAAAUCAAGCGGCUUCGCACAACGGACAUUCUCAUGGAGUCGCAGGAGAGGGUUGAGGCUAAGCACUUCAUAAAAGUCCUGGGAUUCAAGGCGGACCCAAAGAUAGACAAGCUCUUCGGUACAAGGGAAAUGGUGGGCUUCUUCCCGAAUGGCGACUGGAGAACGUGGGUCUGGUGCGAGUUCCCUGGCAUUGAUGCCGGGAGAUUUGGGGGCACGUCGCUCUCGCCAGGAGCCAUAACAAACGCAGAGAUGAUGAAGUGGGCUGUCAACUAUCCUCGCGACAUACUCGCAUUACUGGACAGCAACCUUUUGCCUCGCCAGAAGGCGGACAGCAAAACGGGGAGACCGGCCUACCAGUUCGAGCCACGUGCGGGAGCCCAAAUCACGAUGGUCACUAUCGGGAGCAUCCCUGGUCUGGCUGAACUCCCGGAGAACGGGCCACUUCUGAAGCGGCAAAAGAUGCUGCUGCUACAUCCCAUGGAAGUGUACAUCGACGAGUGUGCCAAAGAAUGGUACGACUAUUGCGAGAUGUUCAAGGAGCGCGGCGAUGAUAGGCCGCCGCCCAGAUACCCGUACACCUACGCGUACGUAGGAGAGCUCUGCGAACGCAAUGACCGCGAGGGGCAGGAAGAGAGUGCUGCUAUGGCAGCUCGGGCUGCAGCCAAAUAG